AUGGACAACCUCCAGGACACAGUUCCCCUGGACAAAGGGGGCUGCUGCCCUGCCCUCCUCAGGCUGGUCCCUGUUGGCUUCAGGGCUGAGGCACGGGAGCUCUUUGUUCUCUCCAGACCCCUGGGCUGAGUGGCAUCCUUGACUCUGGCCAUCACCUUCCAGGUGCUAUACUUCAUAAUCUAUGUCGUGAGCUCAGUGUUCUGUGGGCACCUGAGCAAAGUGGAGUUGGCGUCAGUGACUCUCCCGGUGACCUUUGUCAAUGUCUGUGGGAUUUCCAGAGGAUUUGGCUUUUCCUCAGCCUGUGACACCUUAAUGUCUCAGGUCUUUGGCAGCCCCAACAAGAAGCACGUGGGAGUCAUCCUGCAAAGGGUCACGCUCAUACUGCUUCUCUGCUGCUUCCCCUGCUGAGCCCUCUUCCUCAACACCCAGCAGAUCUUGCUGCUUCUCAGGCAGGACCAGGACGUGUCCAGGCUAACACAGGAAUGCGUGCUGAUUUUCAUGCCAGCGCUUCCGGUAAAGGGCUCUGCUUGUGCCAACACCAUCUCCCAGUUCGUGCAGACUAUCUUCCUUUUUCUUUACAUUGUGCUAAAGAAGCUGCACCUGGAGACAUGGACAGGCUGGUCCAGCCAGUGCCUGCAGGACUGGGGCCCCUUAUUCUCUCUGGCUAUCCCUAGAAUGCUCAUGAUGUGCAUUGAGUGGUGGGCCUACGAGAUCGGGAACAUUGUGCUUACCUCGUGCUCUCCUGCAGGCCUGCUCAGAGUGUUGGACCUCUCGGCUCAGUCCAUCAUCUACGAGGUGGCCACCGUAAUCUACAUGAUUUCCAUGGGGCUCAGCACCGCGGUCUGCGUUCGAGUAGGAACGGCCCGGGGAGCUUCAGAUACUGUGAAAGCGAAGCAAUCAGCCAUCUCUGGUGUGCUUUGCACAGUCGGCACUUCACUGGUUGUGGGCGCCCUGUUGAGCAUCCUGAAAAAUAAAUUGGGAUAUAUUUUUACUGAUGAUGAAGAAGUCAUUGCCCUGGUGAACAAGGUCUUGCCGACUUACAUUGUCUUUCAGCUCUUUAAGGCCAUCUGUUGUGUCUAUGGCAGAGUCCCGAGAGGAACCGGCAGGCAAGCCUUCGGAGCCAUUGUGAAUGCGACUAUGUAUUACGUCGUUGGCCUCCCACUGAGCAUCGUUCUAACCUUUGUGGUUAGAAUGAGAAUCAUGGGCCUCUGGCUGGGCAUGCGCUGUGUCCUGCUAGCAGCUGUUGCCUUUGUUGCCUAUACUGCUCAGAUUAACUGGAAGUUAGCUGCAGAGGAGGUGAGCAACCCCCUUGAGACACUCACCUGGCCAUCCAGGCCAAUGGCUACCGGCAGCUCCCUUGGUAUUUCCCUGACACUGUACUCAAGGCCCAAGUGCCAUUUGGACCUCUCCAGGACUCCAGAAGUAGCCCAUGCCCUUUCAGCUCCUUCCAGCAGACUGUCAGGGAAACAGCUGGUCAUCCACCGUGGGGCUGCUCUGGGGGCAGCGACAGCCACCACACUCCCACCCCUACAGGUCCAUCCUACAAAAGCACCAAUGGGAUCCAGUGCAGGUGGAAACUCUGGAACACUCCUCAAAAAGGACCUUCAGCCAGUACCUUGUGUGAGAGGGGUCUGA